GUGAUAUAAAUACGAGUGUUAGGAAAGGUGAGAAACUAACACCUGGUGAUACAAAUACGAGAGUUAGGAAAGGUGAGAAACUAACACCUGGUGAUACAAUUACAAGUGUUAGGAAAGGUGAGAAACUAACAGGUAGUGAUACAAAUACGAGUGUAAGGCAAGGUGAGAAACUAACAGAUGGUGAUAUAAAUAUGAGUAUAAGGAAAGGUGAGAAACUAACAGGUGGAGAUAUAAAUACGAGUGUUAGGAAAGGUGAGAAACUAACAGGUGGUGAUAUAAAUAUAAGUGUUAGGAAAGGUGAGAAACUAACACCUGGUGAUAUAAAUACGAGUGUUAGGAAAGGUGAGAAACUAACAGGUGGUACAUGUAAUACAAAUACAAGUGUUAGGAAAGGUGAGAAACUAACAGGUGGUGAUAUAAAUAUGAGUGCUAGGAAAGGUGAGAAACUAACACCUGGUGAUAUAAAUAUGAGUGUUAGGAAAGGUGAGAAACUAACAGGUGGUGAUAUAAAUACGAGUGUUAGGAAAGGUGAGAAACUAACACCUGGUGAUACAAUUACAAGUGUUAGGAAAGGUGAGAAACUAACAGGUAGUGAUACAAAUACGAGUGUAAGGCAAGGUGAGAAACUAACAGGUAGUGAUAUAAAUACGAGUGUUAGGAAAGGGGAACUCCGUUACCAGUACUUUGUCUUCUGUAAGGAGUGUCAAUGUCUACAACCAGGAAAACUGAGGGUCAGCUGCCAGUCCUGUAAAAGUGGAUACAUCAUACUCUAUAGAGAUCCUGAUAACUUUGAUGAUGUGCAACAGAGAGGGCGCAUAAAUGGGGAAUGUAAGAGUGAGCAAUGCAAUGGACAACAGAGGGAGGUGGAAUUUUACUUCAAAUGUACGGGACACCAAGGUGAAGAGAGAGAAACAGCUGCUGUGUUAAAGCAUGUUCGACCUAACAGGAAACAUAGACUGUGUGUUGUCUGCUCUGAAACAGGAUCUCCUGUUAUGGUGUUUCCAUGUGAACGACGUCAUGUGAUCUGCCUUGACUGUUUUAAAUCCUACUGCGUUGUGAGACUGAAUGACCGAGGUUUUACAGAAAAUGAAAAUGUAGGCUACAGCCUACCAUGUCCAGUUGGUUGCCCGAAUUCCUUGAUUGAAGAUCCUCAUCAUUUCUGUCUUUUAGGAGUUGAUCAGUAUGAAAGGUACAAGAGCUUUGCUACAGAGGAGUAUGUCCUACAGAACGGAGGAGUCCUGUGUCCAGCAGUAGGAUGUGGCUCUGGUUUCCUCUUGACCGAGGCUUCCCGAAAGGUUACCUGCCCUACCUGUCAGGUGUGAUACCUCGCUGUCAAUGUUCUGCUUAGCCAUCCAGUAUUUUGUCUGACUUGUUAUACUUAAGUACAAUGUAACAGACCGUAUUUGGUAACAAAAUUAUCAUUUUAUUCAAAAGAGGAACUUUUGAUUUUUGAUGGUUCAGAUUUCAUAAUGUAGAUUACUAGUGCAUUGUUAAUUUUCAAUAUUUCUAUUCCAUACAAUCUGCAUUGUAUCAAGUUUUAAUGAAUAAAUGAAAGUGUAAAGCUAAUGACUUCCUGUAUAAAUAGAAGCUUGCCAUGCUUCACUGAAUGUUCAAGUCCACUUGUUUUUGA